CACAAUGCGAUCGAACUCAUAUUGAAGUGGUUUUCUCAAGUGUAGAUAAGCUACUUUGUUCAGAUAUAAUAUGUGUAAUCAGUUCACAAUUGAACGUAGAAAAAAUACGUGUCAACAAAAAUGCGACUGUGUAUAAUUAUUGCAGUUUUCUCUUUCAUGGUCUACCAGGUAGAACCAGCCUGCGUCGAUGAGCUCAUGAAGCUAAUGACGCACGAUGUAACCAACACAGAAAUGGAAAUGAAUGUCACAAUAGUGGAUAUAGAGAACAAAAUACAAAAGACCAAAGAGGAUGUCGAAUCCAUAAUAAAGGAGACGAAGCUAGGAAUUCAAUCGGAAAGAGAUAAACUGGAAGAUCUGGAAAAUUCAGCUUACGGAAGAUCAUUGAGCAAGAAAAAGAGCAUAGCUGACUGCUUAGAAGCUGACCGAGUUCAGAUGAAGAUAAUAAACACCACAGAAUCAGUCAUAUACAGCGUAUGCAGGGCUGAUUUUUCACUUUUCAUGGUCAAAUUAUCCUUAUUAUUCGUUGAAAGUACUUCUAGAAAACUAGAAAAAGAUUUGGUAGUCUGUGUUGAUAAAUACACGGACGAUUGUGAAAAAGAAAAAGCGUGUAUCAUUGAAACCCUCAAGAAUGUCAAUGAUGAAAUAAAUUCCAUCAAUAAUGAAGUUGAGAAGAAACUGAACAAAAUAAGGGAUACCUCCAGAAUCUGCGCUGAUGGUAAAAGUGGCGUGGUGAUAUCUAUGAUCAAAGAACAAGAAGAUAAAUUCAACUAUUGUGUAGAACAAAUUCUUAAUGAUUUAUAAGUAUUUCGAUUGAAUUAUUUGUGAAAUAUGUUCAUUUAUUCACAACUUUAGUGUUUUUUUGUUUCAAAUUUCAUUGGAGAAUUAUAAUGUAAUGUAAUUGUACAAGCCCUUUGUGAAAUACAAUGCUCAACAGUU